AUGGAGGUCUGGGAGCAUUCCCGUCCUAUAUCUGACGACACAAUCAAGAAGACGCCAUCAUUUACCACCUUACCAAUCCGUAUAAAUCAGCAAAACGAUGUCGCGGAUGCAGCCACCAGAAGAGCUCUGCGGGACUGGGACCAUUAUCUGCACGAUGGCCUGGCGGAGAGAGCACUGGUCUCCAUCAGCGACCUCGGGAACCUGGGUGCUUUUGCCUACCCAGAGGUGGCUCCAGAGAGACUGGCGAUCUUGACCUACUUGACCGAUCUAGGGAUGCUGCAUGAUGAUGGGUACGAGGCAAUGGAUAUGGAUCAAGCAAGGACAGAACAUCGUGAAUUCGGUGCCCUCUUUGACCCCCAUGAGCAGUUGCCGUCACGCCGAGGCACCCGUGCUGCCAAGUUAAAGAAGCUCGUGUCGCAAAUCUUACUUGAGGCGAUACGUAUUGACCGUGAUCUGGGUAUGUACAUGUUUGACAUGUAUAACAAAGGAUGGCUGUCCGUUGCCGGGGGGGAGGGCAAGGUGCCUCAGUUUAACUCCCUGGAAGAAUACCAAGCCUACAGAAGGGAUGAUUUCGGCAUCAGGGCGUUCUGGCCGAUGGUGGAGUUUGGCAUGGCCAUGCGACUGUCCGAUGAAGACAAGAGACUGAUCGAGCCAGUUAUGGAACCCAUUGAUAAGGCAAUCAUCUGGACCAACGAUUACUGGAGCUUCGAUCGGGAGUACCAUGAGUCCAUAACCAACGGGAGUCGACUCACUAAUGUGGUAGAAGUGGUUCGUCAGACUGAGAAUAUCUCUAUAGAUGAGGCAAAGGCCACGGUUCGCCGGCUCCUCGUCAAUCUGGAACAGCAAUAUCUUGAGCGGAAAAGGGCAAUUUAUGCCCAAAACCCAUCGCUUCCCUCCCAUCUGAGAAAAUGGAUUGAAGUGGUGGGGACUACCGUCGCUGGUACUCACUUUUGGGCCAGCUGCUCUCCCCGUCACCAUGCCUGGCGCAAUAACUCAAGAAAUGGGCUAGAGCCCGCCAACCAUCUGGCAGCCUCAGCGUUAAUUACCUCCAGUGACAAUCUCAAUUCAUCCAAGGGGUCUGAAGAGCAGAUGCAGAAUUCGAACAACGGCACACGGACCCAAAUGUGUCCGACAAUUGAACAAGACGUCAUGCAGCUGAAUGCAAAAUUGUCACUGGGUAAACAAGAUAGCCGACAUGCCAGGCGGGCUGCAUUAGCACUUCUCUCAAGGGCCGCUGCACAGUGCGAAAGCCUAUUCAGCGAUAUAGAAGACGAGAGAGCCAGGCUCCUCCAAUCUGAUGAGGCAAAGACGAGGCUUUCCUGGGAAUGUCGCAGCAAAGGGUCCCAGGAGUUAGAGCAUUUGUGGUACAAGCCCGCAAGAACAGCCCUCCAAGCGCCAAUUAAUUACAUCUGUUCCAUGCCCUCAAAGGGGGUCCGAUCCAGGAUGAUCGAAGCAUUUAAUUACUGGCUUGAGGUGGACGAGACUUCCUUGACCAAAAUUAGGCAGCUGGUCGAUCUGCUCCAUAACGCGUCUCUGAUUCUAGACGACAUCGAAGACCACUCUCCCAAGCGACGAGGAAGGCCAGCCACACACACUAUCUUCGGCCAUUCUCAAGCGAUUAACAGCGCCAAUUUCAUGUUUGUCCAGGCCGUUCAAGUCGCCCGCCAGUUCCGCAACCCCAACGCCGUUGAUAUUCUGCUCGAGGAACUGGAGAACCUUUAUCUGGGGCAGAGUUGGGAUCUGGACUGGAAAUACAAGCUCCGAUGCCCGUCUCCCGCUGAGUAUUUGAAUAUGGUCGACAACAAAACCGGGGGCCUGUUUCGUCUUCUGCUGAGACUCAUGCAGGCCGAAAAGAAAGGUACCACCAAGGUUAAUCUGGACGGGCUAACCAUCCUGUUUGGGCGGUUCUUCCAGAUUCGUGAUGAUUACAUGAACCUUCGCUCUGGCCAAUAUACCGAGCAGAAAGGAUUUUGCGAAGACCUCGAUGAGGGCAAGUUUUCGUAUCCAAUUGUCGUUUGUGUUGCGAACCAUGCGGACUUCAGAGACCUCAUUGACGGGGUCUUCCGGCAGCGGCCUACCGCCAUUACCAGCGGAAGGGAGCCGCUGGGCCCCGAGAUAAAGCAAUACAUUGUCGACUACCUCAACACCAGUGGGACAUUCCAGCACUGUCAGGAAUUCUUGAUGCAACUGGAAAGAUCGAUCAUAAGUGAAAUUGACCGGAUUGAGAAGGUCACAAACGAGACAAAUCCAAUGCUACGACUCUUAUUGGAGAAGCUAAGUGUGAAGGAGAAUUAA